GGCUGGAUCCGCUGCUCAACCUGUUUGUUAAUCGCGCUGUGUGGCUUAUUAACGCCCCGAGUUUAUAAUAAGCCGGGUUGAUUUCUCAGGGGGGGAUUUGACUUGCUGUCGCCGGGAGGCGGUAGGUCGAUUUUUGAGGACAGAUUAAGCAACACGGUGAGCAUGUCCUGAGCUCGGAAUCAAACUGAGAGGCUUUUCAAAUGUAGCUUGUUAGCUAGCUGCGUCGCGUACAGUGUACACACUGCCUUUUUUGUUCUGCUCAUGGACAGCCUCUGCAUGACAAAUUAUUACCAGUGUUGAGUGCAGGCAGGGCGCGAAGACAGCGAUCGUUUUGUUUGAAAACGUGUCAAGAACUGAUCUCCGGUUGUCAGCCACCCACCCCCAGCCCAGCCCCGGGCUAACCCCCGGUCACCGACCGAAUUAAUGGCCGGAAAUCCGAGAAGGGGCGCCGGUCUCAUCGGCUUGAUGAAGGACGCCUUUCAGCCUCACCAGCAAGCUCUCCAGCCUCACCAGCCCGCAGUGGUCGACAAGAAAAUGGUGGAAAAAUGCUGGAAACUCAUGGAUAAGGUGGUGCGUCUGUGCCAGAACCCCAAGGUGGCGUUGAAGAACAGCCCGCCCUACAUCCUGGACCUUUUGCCGGAUACCUACCAGCAUUUACGCACCAUUCUGUCCAGGUAUGAGGGCAAAAUGGAAAUCCUCGGCGAGAACGAGUAUUUCCGCGUGGUCAUCGACAACUUGACGAACAAGACGAAGCAGACCAUGAGCCUUUUCAAGGAGGCCAAGGAGAGGAUGUACGAGGAGAACUCCCAGCCCAGGCGAAACCUUACCAAGCUGUCUCUGAUCUUCAGUCACAUGCUAGCGGAGUUAAAAGCCAUCUUCCCCAAUGGCCUAUUUCAGGGUGACAACUUCAGGAUUACCAAAGCUGAUGCUGCUGAAUUCUGGAGAAGGUCAUUCGGGGACAAGACCAUAGUGCCAUGGAGGACAUUUCGGCAGGCUCUUCAUGAGUUUCAUCCUAUUAGCUCAGGUCUGGAGGCCAUGGCGCUCAAAUCCACUAUCGACCUCACCUGUAACGACUACAUCUCUGUCUUCGAGUUUGACAUCUUUACAAGGCUCUUUCAGCCAUGGUCAUCUCUUCUAAGGAACUGGAACAGCCUGGCUGUUACACACCCUGGUUAUAUGGCCUUCUUAACCUACGAUGAGGUGAAGGCUCGACUGCACAGGUUCAUCCACAAACCUGGCAGCUAUAUCUUCAGGCUGAGCUGCACUCGGCUGGGCCAGUGGGCAAUUGGCUAUGUGACAGCUGAUGGGAACAUCCUGCAGACCAUCCCGCAUAACAAACCACUCUUCCAAGCACUCAUUGAUGGAUACAGAGAGGGAUUCUAUCUUUUCCCAGAUGGCCGUGCACAGAACCCAGACCUGACAGGGUUGUGUGAACCGUCUCCACAGGACCACAUCAAAGUUACUCAGGAGCAGUACGAGCUCUACUGUGAGAUGGGCUCUACAUUCCAGCUUUGUAAGAUCUGUGCAGAGAACGACAAGGAUGUGAAGAUCGAGCCGUGCAGACACCUGAUGUGCACCUCGUGUCUGACCGCCUGGCAGGAAUCGGAGGGUCAGGGCUGCCCGUUUUGCCGAUGUGAGAUUAAAGGCACGGAGCCUAUUGUAGUGGACCCCUUUCACCCGAAGGCCAGUGGGGCUUCCUUUGCUGGUUUCCAGGGGUCGAGCAGAGCAGAAGCCGCAGGCAACGAAGAGGAAGAGGAUGAUCGGCUGGAAGACCAGCAACUUGUCAUGAGCAGGCUGGCCUGCACCAAAGUGGAGCGCCCUCCGUCUCCAGUGUCUCAGCUGCCUCCGGUGCCUCCGCGACUGGACCUCUUACAGCAGAGGUCCUCCGCCUCCCAUAGUGCACUGAGUCAGGGAGCCACAGCCAAAAUGGUAGCCACUCACAGGGACAAGCCCCUACCUCUGCCUCCAGCACUGAGAGAGCUGCCCCCUCCUCCCCCACCGGAGCGCCCCUCCCUGGUCGGCCAGGAAUCCAGACUCCAAAGGAGACCCCUCCCCUCCACCCCGGACCAGCCGGCCUGGGCAGCCAACUACAUGGUGCCGCGCCCUGCAACAAAGGCCCCGUCGUCCAUCCCUCAGAGCAACGGAGCCGGCGCAGAGGGGAGCAAACCGCAGACGGCGAUCAAUGCCGUGUACUGCCUGGCUGCGAGGUCGUUGCCAGGGUCAGCGGUGUCCAGCGGGGAGAAGCUGUCGUCAGACGGUGAAGAUAAUGAGUACAUGAGUCCCACAUCCCUUCCAGCUUCCGGUGCCCCGUGGGUAAUAACAGGCUCCUUGGUGCCCCCACCACCAACCCAGGGAAACAACCACAAUGACAUCAGUGAGGUGGGGGACAGUGACUCUGAGGACCCCCAGGUUUACGAAUCCAUGUGUAACAUCCAGGCCCAGGCCGGCUCGUCGGAGACGACACAGAACUCUGAGCUGGACCAUCCUCAGCAUUCAGCUGUUCCGCAGGACAAAAAGGAGGAGGCCAGUGUGGAGGAUGUUUACGAGUAUGACUUUCCCAGACCAGUGGUCCCUCCUGCCCCCGCCAGAAGAGCCCUGUCGGAUAUCGGCGGCCCUUCUGCAGCCUUCAGCAAUCUCAACAUAGACUCUGCAGUAGAUCCCAGUAUGUUUGUAGCAGGCGGCGACCCCGAACGUCCUCCAAAACCUCUCCCGCGGCGAGCUAACUCUGACCGACGGCCUCGUCCGUUAAACCGCGAGCCACCUCCGCCGCCGCCAGACCUCCCUGGUCCCUCCUCAUCUGCCUCCCCUGUUCCACCUCCGACUAUUCCUCCUUCAGGUCCUGGAAGCUUGGCCCUAAACGGGGAGAUUGAAUGCCUCAUAUCCCAAGGCUACUCCAUCCAGGACAUCCAGAAGGCCCUGAUGAUCGCUCAGAACAACCUUGAGACGGCCAAGAACAUCCUGCGCGAGUUUGUCUCCAUCCCUUCCACAGCGCACAUCGCCACAUAGUCACUUUGCGCAGGCUCAUCUUCUGUCUCGUCUCUCUCCACUCUGUGCCAUUAUCAUUUACCAAGCACUUUCCUGCAGGGCCACAAGUACUUUCAGAAGGCUUUACUCUGAGGGAUGAUGCUGCGUUCAUGUUAUAUCUCAUCCAAAGCCAUUUGUAGUGGGAAAACAGCAAC